GUCCGCUUAUGAGAGCUUCUCUCCCUAGGCGAGAAAAUUCCCUCCAAGGUCACAAUUCAUUCCUCUUCCAUUCUUAUCGAUUAAUUUUGGAAGAUUUGGUGAAUUUUUGGUCAAAACUUACUGUUUUUACUAUUCAAAAAAAAUUGGGAUUUCAUCUUUGAUUCAAUAUGUGACGUUUAAUUCUCAAAUCAAAGCUUGGGUUGGGGGUCGCUAUUACUGGGCGCACCUCCCCAUCCAAUUUCUGGUCACCGGAGGAGCUGGUUUGUGGGAGCUUGAAUAUAACCCUUGGUGCGCAGUACUGUUCACAGGCGACCGGGUUUUUGCUCGUUGCUCUCAAACGACACGCUCAUUCUAACUCCUGGAAGUUGUUUGGAGAUCGUUUGCUUCAAACAAAGCUAUAGACACAUGAUUCGUCAAUUUGGAAUACCACCGCUGCUCAGAUUGCUAGGCGGAAUGUGCUGACCAAUGGUUUCAGCCUCACUCCUCCUAUGGGGUGAAACCAUUUUGCUUGCAAUAUUGAUGAGAACAUGAUAACAGAAAGUGGUAACAUUUCAAGUGCAUACUGUGUCUGAAAUUUAUUAGUGCUUCUAAUAUCAAAUCAGAUCUUUUAAGUUUUUUGAAAUAUAAGGUUUCAUUUCCAAACAGUUGAUGCUCUUGUUUCAAGUAGUCUUGCUAAGCUUGGGCAUAGUUAUGUCAAUAAAGGAAAAAAUCUAGAUAUAACCUUCCGUGAUAAGCCUGACACUAUUUCAUGUUUCUGUUCAAUAAGCCUUCUAUAUUGAUUCUGAUGAUGUUUUUUGCUAAUUUUCCGUUACAUGUAAUCUAUCAUCAAUCUGAUGCUUUAACCUCAGAUGAUUGUUGGGCUGAAUUCCAUAGCAAUGACCAGGUAGUGUCCAUUUAUUGAUUAUUUCCAUCCCCAAUUAUAAAUGUGUGUAAUAUGUGGAUUUCGACCAACUCGGUGAGACCAGGUAGUGUCCUCUUGGUGUGCUCUCUCCACGCACCGCAGUAGAUAGCUCUGGGUCUUUCAACUCGGUCAUAUCUUUGGUUGCAGGAGGUCGUGAAGCUUGGGGCCGUACUGCUUUUGAGGCAUCUCUGAAUCGGUGGAGUGCUGGACACGAGGUCAAGUGUCGUUUUGUACUGAAGGCACCACAUCAUGUCGUUUUGUAGGUUUUCAUUUAUAGGUUUGUGGAUUGUUAAGGGGUUUCUUAGAGGAAGCAAUAGGGUACAGACAAGUUUAAAAUUCAUUCAGUACGCUUGGAUAUGCUCAAAAUCAGCAUCAAUGUUAUAUUUCAGCGUGACCUUUCAUUGCCAAAGCUAGGAUCUGGUUUCAAAAUAUCAAGGGAUGAUUGCCUAAUUACUAAAAUGGUACGAAGUAACAAUCAGGAACGGCAGAAGAAAAGAAAGAAACGAGGAUGCUGUGGAAGAAAAGAAAGAAACGAGGAUGCGGUGGAAGAAAAGAAAGAAAAGAGGGGAAAAAAGACCCCCUGCGAAAGAAAAAAGAGCAUGGAGCGAAGAGGAUGCCUGCGGAAGAGGAAAGAGGGUGGAGCGAAUGCUGAUUCAGAAGCUUGGAGUUGGUAUAUUUACAAAAAUACUGGGUGUACAGAUACACUCAGAUGUACGAUAUAAUUUGCGUAGUUAGGGAUUAGAUUUGUUCAGUACAAGCCAUUCCUUAGUAACCGUGCGUGGAAAUAUUUUAUUUCCUUUGGCUCAAAUAAAAAAACUGCGUUGUGAUGAUAUUUACUUUAACCAACAUAUCUAUUAAUUAA